UGCUGUGGCUGGCUCAGGAAUAGGCAUAGGCUUUCUUGCUUCUAUGCAAUUGUUUAGUUUAUAGGCUCCCCAGAGAGAGAAAGUGUGUGUGGGUAAGAGAAAAAAAUUGUCCUUUGUUUUCUUUGUUUCUCUGAGAUCUGAGCCAACCCAGAUAAUAAUAAGCAGAAGAAAAAAAUUCAGUGAGGAAAAGAAAAAGAAAAAGUCUUGUAUCUGAGGGAAAAAGUUAGGCCUUUUGAUUUUGCAUUCACUGACAGAAAGAGAGAGAAACAUAAAACAUCAGCAGCACCUACACAGAGAGUGUUUAAUUGAAUCAGUUUUGGUGUGUGCGGCCCAAUGAAGGAAACCGAGAAGAGUUUGGAUCCGCAGCUGUGGCACGCAUGCGCCGGCGGCAUGGUUCAGAUGCCGCCGGUGAACUCCAAGGUAUUCUACUUUCCUCAGGGGCAUGCGGAACACGCGCAGUCCAACCUUGAUUUUGGAGCCUCCAGGAUUCCGAUCCCGCCGCUCGUUCUCUGCCGCGUGGCGGCUGUUAAAUUCCUCGCAGACCCCGAAACCGACGAGGUCUUCGCCAGGUUAAGGUUGGUUCCUCUCAGAAACACCGAACUUGACCACGAAGACAGCGACAAGGUUGACGGUAACGGCCCGGAGGGUUCUGAAAAGCCAGCUUCGUUCGCGAAGACGUUAACUCAAUCGGACGCGAACAAUGGUGGGGGAUUCUCCGUGCCGAGAUACUGCGCGGAGACCAUUUUCCCGCGGCUGGACUACUCGGCGGAGCCGCCGGUGCAGACGGUGAUAGCGAAGGACGUGCACGGCGAGGUGUGGAAGUUCCGGCACAUUUACCGAGGGACGCCGCGUCGGCACUUACUUACCACCGGGUGGAGUAGUUUCGUGAACCAGAAGAAACUGGUUGCUGGGGAUUCUAUAGUGUUUCUGCGGGCAGAGAAUGGGGAUCUCUGCGUUGGGAUUCGUAGGGCGAAGAGAGGUGGUGUUGGUGGUCCCGAGGCGCCGUGUGGGUGGAGUUCUGGUGGUGGUGGGAUUGGGCCUUACGGGGCCUUUUCAGCUUUUUUGAGGGAGGAGAGCAAGGUGGUGAGGAAUGGGUGUGGGAGGCCGAAAGUGAGUGGUGAGUCUGUGAGGGAGGCUAUUACUUUGGCUGCUAACAACCAAACCUUUGAGGUUGUUUAUUAUCCUCGAGCCAACACUCCUGAGUUUUGUAUUAGGACUUCUGCUGUUAGGGGUGCUAUGAGGAUUCAGUGGUGCUCUGGGUUGAGGUUUAAGAUGCCCUUUGAGACUGAGGACUCUUCCAGGAUAAGCUGGUUCAUGGGCACCAUAGCUUCUGUUCAGGUUCUUGAUCCUAUCCGCUGGCCCAAUUCGCCUUGGAGGCUUCUUCAGGUUACGUGGGAUGAACCAGAUUUGCUCCAUAAUGUGAAGCGCGUAAGUCCAUGGUUGGUUGAGUUGGUAUCUAACAUUCCAGUGAUCCAUCUGGCACCAUUCUCUCCACCAAGGAAGAAGCUGAGGUUUCCACAACACCCAGAGUUUCCCCUUGAUGUUCAAUUUCCGAUACCAACGUUUUCAGGCAACCCCUUUGGGUCUAGCACUAGCAGCCCCUUGUGUUGUCUAUCUGAUAAUGCUCCUGCAGGCAUACAGGGAGCCAGGCAUGCUCAAAUUGGAAUAUCUUUAUCAGAUCUCCACCUUAACCAUAAUAAGCUGCAGUUGGGGUUGCUCCCAACCAACGUUCGCCAGCUUGAUUUGCAAAAUGGGAUUUCUAAUGUCAACAUCACCAACCAUGGUAAGAGUAAAGAAAGUCUAUCGUGCUUGCUGACCAUGGGAAGUCCACGCAAGAGUUUGGAGAAAUCUGAUCAAGUGAAGACACACCAAUUUUUGCUUUUCGGUCAACCGAUACUCACCGAGCAACAAAUUUCUAGAUCUUCUAGUGAUGUGUUGUCUCAGAAUUGCACCGCAACAGAUGAUGAAAACAAGGAGAAGAAGGAGAUGGGAUUCCUCAGUGACUCCCAGUCUUCAGUUUCCCCAGGAAAAUCAUCUUCCACCGCCGAGUUCUCUUGGCAACUCGGUUCUGACACCAGUCAUUGCAAGGUUUUCAUGGACACAGAAGAUGUAGGACGGACCCUUGACUUGUCCUGUCUUGCUUCUUAUGAUGAACUUUACAUGAGACUGGCCACCAUGUUUGGAAUAGAACGCUCUGAGAUGUUGAGUCAUGUUCUCUACCGCGAUGCAACCGGUGCUCUCAAACAAACAGGAGAAGAACCAUUCAGUGAGUUCACCAAGACCGCUAAAAGAUUGACAAUUCUGAGUGAUUCAAGCAGCAAAGAUAGCAGAAGGGUUUGGAUCACAGGAACUCGGAAUGCUGAACAUGGAUUGGAUGCUACUUCGAAUAAGACAGGUCCUAUGAGCAUAUUUGCUUAAAAAGCUGUUUUUUUCAUCUCACAGGUUGAAGGAUUUCGAAUAUCAACAAAAUACACAAUCGAUGUUGCCGUCUUUGUUUCCUCCGACUCUAGACAACAAUUAUUUUUCUUGUAUAAUGGACAAUUGUUAUUCUAAUAUUAAUUAAUUAAUUAAUUAAUUAACGUAGAUUUUGUUGCCUUC